GUAUUUGUUUAGGUGGCGUCAUUAGGCUGAAGUGUGAUAACGUCAGGGUGACCUUAACUCACACAGCAUCAGACGUGGAUGGAGCAAUUUGCUUUUUUGAUUUGUAUUUAAACUAAAUUGGAUCUUUGCUAUUCUGCAAUGAAAUAAUGUAAAAAAAUAAAUAAUGAUCCAAGUCAGAUUAUCAUCUUAAAGAUGAGAAGAAAAAUAAACAACAUAAGCAAUGGUUCAAAGCCUAAAAAGCUCCACCUUGUUACUAUGUCACCAACAAGUGGCCGCGGCUUUUUGCAUCUCUUAUCACCGAGUCAACAAAGAAUCUAUAGAGAUGGAAGCAGCGUGUGAGAGACGUUGUACGAUGGACUACCAUUGAUUUGUGCAGCACAAGCAGCAUUUUCUCUUAGAAAUAAGGACAUUGCCGGACGAAGUACAGAGCCACAUAAAUCAUUCAUCUGUGCUUCCUCGUCGACGCAAAAUCACAAUGACAUCAUCUUGUCCGCUCAUUUCUAACCUCACAAUGGUCUGGAUUGAAAGCAUGGAGCACUGGCAACUUCACCUGUUUUGCAUCCCCACUGCCGUUGUCUCUUUCGCCACAUUUAUCGCCAACCCUGUUCUGCUGGUGUGCAUUUUUCUGUCCCGUGCUUUGCGUCGGGAGACCCGCUACCUGCUGGUGGCCAACACUUUGGUCGCGGACAUGCUCUUCCUCAUCCUCCACUUGGUCACAUUGAUUGUUAAUGCUGUGAAAGCAGAGAUGCCCUGGUUUGUUUGUGAGCUAUUCACAGCUCUCCUUGUCACGGCCUACAGCUGUGCCAUCAUCACUGUGACACUCAUGGUGGUCGACACCUUUGCCGCCGUCCGCUGGCCUCUCCGUUACCAUAACCUUCUCUCACCUGCCCAGACCAACACCAUAAUAGGGGUGGUUUGGUUGCUGUGCGCCAUUUAUCCUUUCACCUUAAUGAUGAUAAUGAAGGAAAAGAUUUGUAACGACAAUGUGACCGUGUGUCUGGCUCUCAUCUCCCUCGGAUACUUUAAGGUCAAGAACAUAGGGGGGAUCGACAUGUACUUUCUUGUGGCGGCACUGAUCUGCACUUUUGUAAUUUUUUACUGCUACAUCCGGCUUUACAUGGUGACAAGGACGCAGGGAAUUUGGCACAGCCGCUUCUCUAGGGCUCGGGUCACAGUGCUGGUCCAUGGGGUUCUGCUGCUGCUCUACUUUGCCCCUGGCUUUGUAUUUGCCCUAGAGCUCUACAUCUUUCAGAAGAAAAACGUAAGUCAGGAUCUUCGCGUGUGGAUCAACACGGUCAAUGCUAAUUUCCUCAUGCUGCUUCCUAGAGCAUUUGCUCCUUAUCUGUAUGGGCUGAGGUACCGAGAGAUUUCUGAAAGUCUCACACUUCUGCUACACUGUCACAGAAGAAACAGAGAAAACACGUUACCAUAAAGACUCUUAAAAUCUGCCCACAAUUAAAAUCUGUUAUUACCACUAGGUUUGUAUUGGGGACUAUCUAUUUUGUUUGAUAUGUUCAUUGACUGUACAUACAUAAUGCCAUCAGGGCUAGAUUUUUGUAAUUGGUUGUAUAAAGGUCUGUAUUUUACAAAAAAAAAACAACAACGUUUGUUUGUAAAUAUAUAUCAAAAGACACUUUUUGCAACAUUAAAGGUGCAUUAUGUAACUUUUAUAUAUAAAGGUUUUAUUCACAUAUCUUUUCGACUUCACUUUGUCAUGCCAGGAUAACAUCAGACAGAUAAUCUGUGAAAAAAUCAAAAAUAUAGAUUUUGCCUCCUCCCUGUGGUCCUACUGCCAUAUGUAGAAAUACACUGCUCCCAUUCAGAAACAACCAAUCAGAGCAAUGAGGAGAGUAGAUGGCAGAAGCACGGUGA